UUCCUCCGGGAAGCCGAGGCUGUUCGCUGAGUAUUAAGUGUGCUUUUUACCAGGAUGCACCGGGAGAGCGAGUAACCCAAAACCAGGCCUGGAGUGUUACCGAGAUGGCUGUGUGCCACCCGCAGGAAUGCCGCCCGCAUUGAGCUGGGGGUAGUGGGAGUCACGGUGCAUCCGCCUCGGAGCCCCCUGUUGGCGCGCGCCGGCGGGCCAGCAGGAGUCGCUUCCUCACAUACCCCCGGGGGGUGCAGCAGGUCCGGGUAUGCAGGGCAGGUUUGGGAAAGCGGCUGAUGUAAGAGCGGGAGGGGCAGUAGGCGGGCCAUCCCCAACACGCUGCUGCGCUACUCGUUACCCCCGUUCACACCGACCGCUAAGUCUCGGCAUCGUGUCCUUGCCGCUGUGAAGCAGUAUCAUUAUCCCACCGGUCCCGACACAGCGCAGUAGCAGCACCCGAUUAAAUUUAAAGAAGAUGAGUUGUAACGUGGUCCUGAACUUUGGCCAGCAGCUGUUUCGCCGUAAGAUUGUGGGAUCCGAUAGCAAGGAGAGCAGAUUGUCCCGAUGCCUUAAUACUUUUGACUUGGUAGCUCUUGGUGUGGGUAGCACCCUCGGUGCCGGUGUCUACGUGCUUGCUGGAGCCGUGGCAAGAGAAAAUGCUGGACCGGCCAUCGUCCUCUGCUUCCUCAUAGCCGCCCUUGCUUCUGUUCUUGCCGGUCUUUGCUAUGGAGAGUUUGGUGCAAGAGUUCCAAAAACUGGAUCGGCGUACCUGUACAGCUAUGUGACUGUCGGGGAACUUUUAGCUUUUAUUACGGGCUGGAAUUUAAUCCUCUCGUAUGUCAUCGGAACCUCUAGUGUGGCCCGAGCAUGGAGUGCAACGUUUGAUGAACUUAUAGGAAAACGUAUCGAAACAUUUUGUAUACAACAUAUGUCUAUGGACUUUCCGGGGGUGCUUGCCAAGUAUCCAGACAUUUUCUCUGUACUCAUAAUUUUGGUGUUAACAGGUCUCCUGUCCUUUGGUGUGAAGGAGUCUGCUCUUGUCAAUAAGGUGUUUACGUGCAUUAAUGUCCUUGUUCUGUGCUUCGUUAUUGUUUCUGGAUUUGUAAAAGGAUCCAUCAAGAACUGGCAGUUAUCAGAGAAUGAUAUCAAUGUGACGAAUGUCACCCACUUAGACAACAGUACAACAUCAACAGAGGCGCCGUGGAACUAUGGCAGUGGUGGGUUCAUGCCAUAUGGGUUUGCUGGAGUUCUGUCCGGAGCAGCUACGUGUUUCUAUGCAUUUGUUGGCUUUGAUUGCAUCGCUACGACUGGUGAAGAAGUAAAGAAUCCACAGAAGGCCAUCCCUAUUGGCAUAGUGGCAUCCCUGUUGAUAUGUUUUGUUGCUUACUUUGGCGUGUCUGCAGCACUGACGCUCAUGAUGCCGUAUUAUCUACUGGACAAGAAUAGUCCCUUACCUGUGGCAUUUAAUUAUGUCGGAUGGGAUGGAGCGAGAUAUGCAGUGGCUGUGGGAUCUCUAUGUGCUCUCUCCACCAGUCUUCUUGGUUCAAUGUUCCCAAUGCCUCGAGUGAUUUAUGCCAUGGCAGAUGAUGGGCUGCUGUUUAAAUUUUUAGCCAGAGUUGGUGAAAAAAGUAAAACUCCUGUUAUAGCGACUGUGUCUUCCGGAGCUGUUGCAGCGCUGAUGGCAUUUCUGUUUGACCUGAAAGAUUUGGUGGACCUAAUGUCUAUUGGAACUCUUCUUGCAUAUUCCUUGGUAGCUGCCUGUGUGUUAGUUCUAAGGUAUCAACCAGAUCAGCCAAACCUUGCUUAUCAAAUGGCCAGUACCAACGACGAAGCAGAAAUUAAUGAAUCCGUUAGUACCAGCGAGUCCCAAGCUGCAUUUUUAGAAGAUGAAAAGUUCACCCUUCGCUCCUUGAUAUUUCCACAAAAUUCUGACCCAACGAGAUUGUCCGGCUCAAUAGUAAACUUUUCAGCUAGUUGCAUCGGCUUGCUUAUCAUCUCAUUUUGCUGCCUCACAGUCCUUGGACAAGAAUCCCUCAUAAAAGGAAGCGCGUCGGUUAUUCUGCCGCUUGCCAUUAUUAUGAUUUUAUGCUGUAUUUUUACCGUCAUCAUUUGGAGGCAACCAGAAAGCAAAACCAAACUUUCCUUUAAGGUACCAUUCCUUCCCAUCCUCCCGAUCCUGAGUAUUUUCGUAAAUGUUUAUCUGAUGAUGCAACUAGACAAGGGCACCUGGAUACGAUUUUCCAUUUGGAUGGUUAUAGGUUUUAUUAUAUAUUUUGGUUAUGGGAUGUGGCACAGCACAGAGGCUGCCAGCUCCGUAACGGAAAGAAGUACUGAAAAUGGUUACAAAAGGUCCAGCGUUGUGCUUAACAAUGAAAAGCAGGCUUUUCUAGAGGAUCCAGGAGCUGUUAAUCCUGAAACCACAUGGGCUACAGAGGAAGAGGCCUGAGUAGACUGUCAGAUACGCCAUGUAGAUUUACUGACCGGAAUGACCAGACCCCAUGCUCGCAGCUGGCACAAACACUACGUCUUGCUGGUAGCUAUACCUCAAACAAACGAAAUAGUCAAACCUGAUGUGUCGGCUGCCGAUCAAUGCUGCUACUGUAUUAGAAACCCUUAAAUACGGACUUUACUUUGCAAAACGACAAAAUUAUUAUUACCGCCAUGUUGUAUCGAUUAGUUUGUCCUUAACCGAAGACUCUCGAAGUAGUAUCUGGAUUUUCAUUAUGAUUUUAGUAUUUUUGUUUUUCCUUAUUCUUUUUAUCAAGUCAUCAAAUACAAAUCUGAAGAACCACGGAUUGACGUUCUAUGAAAACGAAACUACUGCUAUACCCUUCUAAAACCAAUGAAUUAUUAGAAUAGUAUCAUUUGGCCGUCUUGUUUACAACCUGCCUAGAAAAAGUAAUAUUCUUUUUAGAUCCUGAAGGAAAAUGUUAACUUAUUAUGUCUGUUCUUAAACUAUCUUAGUAUUACGUAUCUAAGUGCAGGGCACUUAAAAGGGAGAUUUGUUUGACAAUUCCAUCUCUGUGAAAUUUUAAUUCCUUCAUCAAUUACCAUGUCUGGGAAGAUGUCGUCUUUCUGCUGGAAGACUCUCUAGAACGGAAAGAAAGAAUGAAUAUUUUUGGCUAUGUGAAUUUUCGCUUGAAGAAAUCAUCAUGCCGUGAUAUACUUUUUAUCUUCCUAAUGACUUUUCUUUCUAUUUUAAUUGUCCGCUACUGGGUAUGUGUGGGGGCCACAUUUUGUCUGUUAUUGGUAUAUGGGAUAUUUUGAUGAGGUCAUCGCCAUUUUGUUUUACGUUAAUUUAUAUCCCGUUUUACGUAUAUAUUACAUACAAAGAUAUUUGCCUGUUAUUUAUUUUUUUUAUAUUUUGAAACUAUAUUUAAACAUUGGUUUAGCUGCAUUACUUUAGCAGUAAUUGAAACAACAUUUUUUUGAAGCUAUAAGUUAACAUGCAUGGACUUCCGUGUUUAAACUGGAGGUUGACAGAUGAUGCUUAUCGAUUUAUAAAAUAUAUUUAUGUGAGGGAACAUUGGUAAAAUGUAAAAUGACCUGCUUUGGUGUAACAGGAUUGAACUGUUCCAUGCAAUUCAUCCCCCCACAUUUUUUUCUUGGUCAGUUAUGACAUUGCAUCACCAAAAAUAGUUUUCAAUACAAGGAAUCUAGACAAUCUUAUAACAGAUCCUUCCGCUGUGCCUAUGGAGGAAUGGGCUUGAGAUUAAAAAUAAGAUGAACGUUAUUGGAAAAAGAGGGUCUAGCGUGGAACUGCUCAGAAACCUGGAGCAGCACAGUUGGCUGAGCAACGCUGGCUAUAACCCAAGUCCAGGCUGUCAUUAAAAAAUGAAAUU